AUGGAGCCCCUUUCAGCCCCUGUCUGGAGAGGGUACAUCCCCUGGUGGGGGCUCCUGCUGGCAAUCACACUCUUAAACUUCUGGAAGCCACCCACCGCUGCUCAACACACUAUUGAAUCAGUACCCCCCAACGCUGUUGUAGGGAAGGAUGCUAUUCUCUUUGUCACCAAUCUGCCUGAGAAUCUUUUAGGCUAUGUCUGGUACACAGGGGACAGAGUAGAGCCCAAACUCCAAAUUCUAUCGUAUGUAAUAGACUCAUCAGAAAUAACCCCAUGGCCUAGAUACAAUGGUCAAGAGAAAAUAUACCCUGAUGGGUCCCUGCUGUUCCAGAAUGCCACCCAGGAGGACACAGGAUACUACACCCUACAAGUCUUAAAGAGAACUUUGCCAUAUGAAGUAGGAACUGGACAGCUCCAUAUAUACAAGUCAGUGGCACAGCUCUCCAACCAAGCUAGCAACACCACAGUCACAGAACACAAGGAUGCCGUGGUCCUGACCUGCCUCACAAAUGACACUGGGAUCUCCAUCCAGUGGUUCUUCAGUAAUCAGAGUCUAUGGCUCACAGAGAGACUGAAGCUGUCCCAUGACAACAGCACUCUCAUUAUAGACCCUGUCAGAAGGGAGGAUGCUGGGGAUCAUCAGUGUGAAGUCUCCAACCUGGUCAGUUCCAGCAAAAUUGACCUCUGA